ACACGCUGAACGAGUAACAUCAUUUCGGCACUGUAAGCAUCACCAGUAGAAACAAGCCCCAAAGGGAGCGAGUGAGACGGAACAGCGAACCGUGAGAUCAAGAGGUGUGGUGCAGAUCCAUCGGAUGGAACCGCAGAGCGGGGGAAAGAAAGUAGCCGAACAACAAAAUCACGUCCAUCAUACAAAGUUUUCAUUAAGAGUCGAAGAAGUGGAAAAAGUUCAGUCAGUCGCGCAGAGUGAUCGGACGAAGAAAGUCGUGGUUUUUGUGUUCAAAAAACAAACGUGCGUGUAGAACAUCUAAUACAUUGGUAGUUUAAGUAAAAUAAUUUAAAAUGAAAGUCACAUUUCUGCUAGAGCUUUUAUUGAUUCUCAUUAUAAUCGCUUUUGCUGCCUCGGCACCAGUUGAAGAGGGACGAAAUGUUCGAAAAGGUGCCUUAAUCUAUCGACAAGCAGCAGAUGAUGUGGCGGAUGUUGCAGCUAUAGAAGUGGCUCCAGUUCCAGUUGUCCCAGUUUCUGGCGGUGAUGAUGAUGAUGAUGAUGAUGACGAUUCAGAUGAAUUCGAUCUAGGUGAUGAUGAUUCAGCGGAAGAUGAUGAUGCUGAUGAUGAUGAUGACGAUGAUGAUGACGAUAUUAUUGGAUCAGUCGAAGAUGAAAUCGAUGAUGAUGACGACGACGACGAUGAUGAUGAUGAUGAAGUAGCUCCAGCUGCCGUUGCUCCAGUUGCGCCAGCAGUCCUCGACCAGCAGAAACAGUCGGCAGUUGGGCAGCCUGCCCAACCUGUUGCUGCCGUUGAUGAAGAUGAUGAUGAUGAAGAAGAUGACGAUGACGAUGAAGAUGACGAAGAUGAUGCACUGUCUUUUUUCGGUGAAGAUCUCCUAGGUGCCUUCGAUGACGAUGAUGAUGAUGAUGACGACGAUGACGACGAUGAGGAUGUCGCUGUUGUUCCACCUGUAGCGGAUGCCUCUGGACCAGUUGCUCCUUCCAAGAAGAAGAAGAAGAAGCCAGUUCCAGUUAAGGAACCAGUGGGAAAUGCUCAAGCUUUGCUUGAUCUUGCCGAUGCUGCCGCAGCCCAAAACGAAAUCGACGCCCCUCCAAAACAGAAGCCAGAAGGAAUCGAUGUUAACAACGAAGUGAAUAAAAUUGUCGAAUCACUUGCUGCUCAAAAGGCCGACCAGAAUGCUCAACCAGCAACGGAAGCAGCAGCCGAAGAGGAAGACGAAGUUGAAUACGACGAGGGCUCCCCAGAAAAGGUACAAACAUUAUCCUCUGAUAAUAACAAAGUUGACGUUGUUGCCGCUCCUGCAGCUGUGACUGCGACGAAGCCGACCAGUGACGACGACGACAUCUUUGAAGGUAUCACAUCUCUAGUGGACGAUGAUGACGAUGACGAUGACAGCGAUGAAGUGACAGCACAGAAAGUUGACCAAACUGCCACGAAUAGCGAAAACGAAACUCAACCUGAGGACGCUGAAGACGAUGACGAUGACGAUGACGAUGAGGACAGCGAUGAAUUGAUCGAUGAGAGUGCCGUGGAAGAAAUCGCGGAAUCUGAUGUGUGAGCUAGAUUUGGUACUAACUCCAAACCCAACAGCAGACUAUGAGGAAAGAAAAACAAAAUCAACCCAUUUCUGA